AUGCAAAUUCUUUUAACGCUUACGACGUUGUUAUCGCUCUUAUGGACAAUCUCAGCAGCGUCCAUCGAUUUCACUCAACAAUUUCAACUUUAUAAUCGAAAUCAAAUAUGCGUUCAUGCGAACCUUUUAUCGCACACAACAUAUCACAAAGAAGCAAGAGAGAUUCAAGGAUACAUCUCUUCGUGUUAUUAUAGUAAAAGACAACAAACGGUUAUAAGAGGUCAUUUCACCAACUUGCCCAGUGAUUCAAACUUAAGAAAUUAUCAUUUCUACCUAUUGAAUCCGGAUAAUACUUUACGCAGAGACUUGUCUCAACUGUUUCAGCGUGGAUUAAUCAUUAAUAAGGAUGACAACUCGGCCAAAUUAAUGUUAAACUUGAAGAAAUCUAGUGACUUUCCUCUCGAUGGAAUCGAUAGUUACGUUAAUGGAUGGGUGAAAUUCUAUCAUAUACGCGACUCGGUUGUAUCUUCUACCUGUCCUGCUCAAUUCCACAAAACCGAGCAUUGUUAG